UUCAUGCAAGUUAAUAGAUAAUAGAUAACGAAAAUGAUAAAGCUGGAGUUUUCUCGCUCCGUUUACACCAAAACAAACGGACCGUUACAGCUGAAGCCUCUCGAGAGGGAGCUAAAGCGGCGUCGAGAAGGCUCCAUACGAUUCCUCUAUUUCUUCUUGCGAUCGCAUUUGUUAUAUACACAUACACACAACACAUCGUCUCCCCAUUUCUCGAAGAAAUAGGAUCGAGAGAGAGAGAGAGAGAGAGAGAGAUUUGGCAUUAGGGUUUUUGGGGAGAUGUUCUUCUUCUUCGUGGGGGGGUUGGAGCAGAGCGUGGGGCGGGUGCUCAAGGAGGGGGCGGGGCGCUGCGUCCGCUGCGGCGCCGUCGCCGACCUCGUCGAGACGGAGAAGGUGCUCAAGCUCUUCUUCGUCCCCGUGUGGCGCUGGCCCUCCGAGGCCCCCGCCUACUACUGCCGCGCCUGCGACCGCGGCGUCGAUCCCCAGUUCCGCUUCUGCCCCUUCUGCGGCAACGCCCUGUGAGCGGGAGGAGGAGGUAAGUGGGCUAGGGCUAGGGCUAGGACUAGGGCUAGGGUUAGGGUUUUGGAUGGGGAGAGGUAAAUAGGUGGAAUGUUGUUUCUGCGGAGUUUGGUGUGUAUAGAGAGGGGUCGGUUGCGUUACUUGGUUGCGUGGUAAUGAUGCUUUUGAUGUUCUUGUUAAAAUGUUAAUGAGAGAAGAAGAACAUAUGGAAUCGAAAUGAAAUGGAUUUGUUGUUUGUAGCUGUUUUUAUUUUUUUUAAAAAAAAAUUGUUUGUGUUUUAUUUUGACA